UCUGCUACGCAGUUGGUGACGUCAGGACGUGAUCACGCAACCCAGAGUCACGUGAACCGUUUCACAUAUGUAAAUGUUUUAAUAACCUGUUUUCGGUCUUUUUUGCAGUGAAAUUUCUUGCUGCUGAAUUUGAAAGUGCACUUUAAUCUUCAGCCAUCCAACAUGGACGAGGACGGGCUGCCCAUCGUGGGCUCUGGAGUCGACCUUACCAAGGUUCCUGCGAUCCAGCAGAGAAAAAUUGUUGCCUAUCUCAAUCAAUUUGUUGCACACACUGUCCGCUUCCUUAACCGCUUUUCCACAGUGUGUGAAGAGAAACUUGCAAACAUAUCUCUUCGCAUACAGCAGAUAGAAACCAGCCUGUGCAUUUUGGAGGCCAAGUUGUCUUCCAUUCCUGGACUGGAGGACGUCACAGUCGAAGGACUCGGUAAGCAGCAGCAGCAGACUGCACAGGCCAAUGGACCCAUCAUCCCCAAUCAGAGCCAAAUCGAUGGUCCAGUAGCAGCGCCUCAAGAAGAGCCUGCUCAGACCACACCAGAAGCUUCAGCGACGCAAAAAGCAGAAGCGGCUGCAGAGAACGUCAUGACGGUGGCCAAAGACCCGCGCUAUGCCCGAUACCUGAAAAUGGUUCAAGUGGGGGUUCCGGUGAUGGCCAUACGGAAUAAAAUGGUCAUGGAGGGUUUGGAUCCCAAUCUGCUUGACACACCUGAUGCCCCCGUGCCCGACGGAGGAACGAAGACCUCGGAGGACCAAGACGCUGCCGGCAGCAACUCUGAUAGUGAAUCAUCUUUUAGUGACUGAAAUUGCUCAUUUGUCCUCAACACACAAAGUUUCCUCAUCCAUCGCUGUCUGCACAGCUUUAGGCCCGUAGCGAGGAAGUAUGAGGUACCUGUUAAGGACUUCGAAGGAGGUGGUGUGAAUGUAGGUGCCUGAAACAGGAAAUCCAAAUUGAGUGACUGUAGUUUCAGUUUAAAAGAGCUGAACUGGUUCUCCUGUUUAGUCAUUCAGUGACCUUUAUUUUUGGAAAAAAAAAAUUUUUUUCUCAUAAAUUACUUUUCAAGAGGAGGAGAUCAUUUUUUCCUCUUAAUCAUACAAGCAGCAGUCAGAAGAUGACAGUAGCAAGUGUUUUAACAAAACCAAACCAUAUCACAUAGAGGUCUUCUGUGGUAGUUGCACCACUGACUAAUCACUAAUGUCUAAUGUCUGAAAUGUUGUGUUCACACCAGCUGCAGAGAAUAUAGCUGGAAACCCAUGAACAUUCACUCUUAACAACCAGCAGGAUGAGAAGGAAUCAAGUUACAGUACAUUAAUUUAGAACUUAACAUAAUGUCCCAAACAUUUACUCAUGUUCAUCUAAACCUUCUCCUUUUUCCUGUCUCUGUUUCAAAGCAAAGUUCAACUAUACAGCUCGAGAUUACCUCAAGUUUGUCUUUUAUUUCUUAUCGGCACUGAGGAGAAUCUG